AUGGGGCCCACAAACGGGGUAGAGGACAGUAUGCACCUACCAGUAGCCUCAAGGAUUCCGGUAUAUCCAGUGCCUACUAACUGUCACUGGGGCACGCAUGAAGAGGAAGGCUGGUCAACCCAGCGCCCUCAGACAUGUGCUGGAGUGAAGCCAACGUGCAGCCGCUUCUGUGAACUUCUUGAGGUUCCAGCGAUUGACCAUGGCUAUAUAUUUCAGGUGGUGGAGGAGGCAGGUGAUACAACGGUCUGCAACGGCUCUGAUCACAGAAUGCCUCUGCUGCAAACCCCUCUCACUUCCGUAUCUCUACAUGGGUGGGGAAAGGAAAGCCAUUCAGUAAACUUGGGGACUUCAGUGCUCGAGGGGGGCAGCGAUCACGAUGGGGAUUUCGAAGUCAUGGUUCAUGGGGAUGGAGUGGAUGCAGGAGAGGUGGACAGGGGCGACGUGGCUGGCUUCCAUCUGCCUUGGCAUGGAACGCCGCUGUCGCCACAGCCAGUAGAGGAAAUUCUGGAUAAGAACGGCCUCAUGUGGGUACUGGAGGCACGGUUUGGCAGGUUACCGCCAACCAGGAAAAUUGCUUCCCAUUGGAAGUUUCCACAGCAGCAAUGUGGGGAGGCCUCCAAGCAAAAGAAGAGGCAGCCAAGGCGGCGCAAGGACAAACCUGACUAUACCUGUCUUCCUGAGAUUGACUGCAGUUCACUAGCACCAGCUAAGAGGUUCAAUCGCAUUGACCUUCUAACGAGACGCCCUGCUCACAAACUGAUUCAGGAAGAUCCGUAUUAUGAGGAGCCGUUUGCUUCCGGACUGUUCUUGAGGCCCAACGACCGCAGUGGCGGUCUACCUUGUGGGCUGCCAGGGGAGGCUGGGGGAAACCUUUUGCAAGGGAGCCCUCAAGGUGCAGGACUGGACGAUUUCAAUGAUGAUGGCGAGGGAGUGGGCAUUUCUGGCCCAGACUAUGACUGGGAUGAUGGUGGUGAUGGGGUGGAUGAACAUGAUGACCUCAUUGCUGCACCGGGAAGGACAGUCGCCUUUGCACCCAUCAGAGUCGCAGCAAGAAUGAAACAUGUUGACAUUGGUGCUCUGAAAGCACACCUCUGGCAAGAAUUGUGCCAACAAUCGGACAAUCCAGGGACCUCCUCGCAGACAGGCAGUGCUUUCUCAGAAAUCGUCCGAUCUGUGCCGGAAGCAGGGCAGGCAGGACGACUAGAAGACAUAUCCCCACACAUGUGCUUCAUUUGCCUGUUGCAUCUCGCCAAUGAACAUGGUCUUCAACUCUCUGGCAGUGAAAUGCUUGAUGAAGUGCUUGUUGACAACAUACCAGAGAACAGCAGAUCCGGCAGGAUGAAGUGCUGA